AUGAGGCUAUAUCUUCAGUUUUUCGCGGUAUUUUUGAUUUUAUUCGUUGUUGUGUUGGAGGCUGAGCGAGCGAACAAAGAAGGGCCAAAAAGUAAGGUUAAUGUGGUUGAAUUGAUUUGAAAUCUUAAGUGGAGUUAGAGGAGAUAUUGAACUUUGAAAUGGGCAUAAAUUUGAAAAGUUAUCUAUUGCAUUUCAUUUUCCUUUAUCUUGUUUCUUCUUUGAACUAUUAUAUUAUAGUAGGUGGCAGAUAAACCAUCGAAACGUUAUGUUAAUGUGCUCGUAUUUUCAUGAUCAUUUGGGCUAAUGUAGGGAAGAGAAUCAGCUUUCAAAUGAGUAUAAAUACGAAACGUUAGCUUUACUUUAUCAUGGCCAUUUGGCCUGUUCUCUUCACAUAUGCUAUAAUAUUCAUAGUGGGUUUGAAUGAAAAAUUCAAAAAGUGCAGUAAUUGCCAUCAGAUCUUUAUAUUUUAGGUAGUUAUAGAGUAGAUAAUAAGCUUUAAAAUAACCAUAACCACAAGUACUCAAACGUAGACCCAUCUUUUGUAGGAGACAAACAAGUUCCAGGAAACCGGCCGAAUCGCCAUCACAAAAACGAGCAAAAAGAGCACAAGCAUCAGCCAAAUAAAAAGCUAGAAAAUAAGCCACUACCAGCUCCGCAACGACCUGUCAGACCAUACCCACAAAAGGUUCAACAACAGGGUCCGGGUCAAAACGAGCUGCCACCGGUUGACGGCCAACAACCUCGAUAUCAAGCUGAAGAGACGGAGGAGGGCGACAUUCGAGUGAGUGUGGUGUUGAAGCAGAAGAAGAAGAAGAAGACAUUGACUGAAAACUGA